AUGGCUGGUAAGCAUUACCGUUAUCUUAGCCGCACUCGCUGCGCGCCACGUCUGUUGCGCUUUACUGACGCAGUCACAGAAGAACCUCGACGUUCAGGUCGCGCAACCAAAGGCCAAUACUCCAAAGAUCGCGAUAUCGCCGAGGGCGUCCCCACGAAGAAAAAGGGCAAAGGAAAGGCCAACAAGGCCAAGGCCGCAGAGCAAGAUGAGAGUGAAGAAAUCAUCCGCUGUGUCUGCGGCACCUACGAAGAGGAGGAAGAUGUUCCUCGGGCCAUGAUCUGCUGCGACAACUGCUCGGCGUGGCAGCAUAACAGUUGCAUGGGUCUUCCGGAAGACUAUGAACCUCCACAAUACUUCUGCGAACAGUGUCGCCCCGAGGAUCACCAGGAAUUGGUAGCAGCCAUUGCGCGUGGAGAGAAACCGUGGGAAGAAGCCGCCCGACAGAAAGAGGCUACUGAGGCCGGGAAAGGGAAGAAGAAAGGAGGCCGAAAGGGACGGAAAUCGGGUACUGCUCGGACAAGCGAGGUCGUGUCUCGCACAUCUCAGGAUGUUGAUGAGACCCCAGCGCACACUCCCGCGGCAGGACAGAAGCGCAAACUAGAAGAGUCGCCGUCUGUUCCAGAAGUAAAGAACAAGAAAGCGCGAAGCACACCGGCUGCUGACAGCAAUGGCACCAAAGCAGUCAAGGUUGAGACUCCUUCCAGGCAGGCGUCCAGAUCAGAACCUGUUUCGGCGGUUGCAGUGGACGUAAAGGAACUUACAAAUAAAUCGAGGAGUCAGGCUGCGUCCACGUUGAUCAAGCUCAUAGAACAACAAAUCAAAGAAGCCGUAAAGCAAGGCGACUACACUGUUCCUCCCGGCACGUCCGCCACAGAAGUUGCAAACCAGAUUGGUCUCCGUACGGAACAUGCUCUGUAUCACGUCCAGGUCGGCGGGAACGGCGACCCCAACGAGUCCUACAAGAACCAACUGCGAGCGAUAACCUUCAACGUUAAGAAGAACCGCGCAUUAGGGGUGCGGUUAUUGAAUGGAGAUCUUCUCCCUCACACCCUUGCGUCGAUGGAUGCGAAGGAUAUGGCAAGCGAGGAGCAGAAGAAAAAAGACGCAGCUGUCAUGAAGGAGUUGGAGAAACAACAUACCAUCGUGGAAGAGCAGGGCCCGAGAAUCAGACGAACACACAAGGGUGAAGAGUACGUGGACGAGUCAAGGCAGGUCGCGGCAGAGUCGGCGACUUCAAAUGCUCCCGUACGGAAAGCUAGUGUCGCAGAACAAGACGGGGAUGCAAAGAGCCCAGGUGUGAGAAGCCCAUCCGAGACCCCAGCCGCUCCGGGCAAAGGAAUCAAACCGAGACCAUCCGUCGAUACCACCCGACGACAAUCGUCGGCCAAUUUCGAUAUUGACAAGGUCUGGUCGAACGUCCAAGGUUCGCCCGAUGGUGACAGUCAGCGAUUUGGCGAACUACCACAAACGACGUCGCCAACCGUCGCUGUCCGAGAACCCAUCGCCCCAGGGACCAAGGCAGACGCAGAUAUCGACGAAUUGCUUAAAGACGAAGAGGCCGAGUCACCCCCCUAUUCACCCAAGGAAUCUGCUGAAGCCGACGGUGUUGUUUGGCGAGGCAUCGUCAACGGCAACAACCUAGGCCGGUUCCACGCUGUAGCAAGAUAUGCAGCUGGGGCCACUCCCGAGGCCGACACGCUGCGCAUGACCUACGACCAGAUCAUCCCGCCUGAGAUCGACCUAGGGGGUCGAAUCCAGCCCAGUCGAGCGGAAGAAUACCUUUGUGGCCUGGAGUACAGCAAUACGUCUGAUCUGGUCAUUGUAUGCAUGCCACAACCCACAAACUCGCACGAUCAGGAGCAAUUUGACAGGUUCUUCCAAUAUUUCAAGAACAAGAAUCGCUUUGGCGUAGGGAUCCAACACACAAAUCCAGCAAUCAAAGACAUCUACUUGAUCCCACUGGACAAGGGUCAAGAAAUGCCUACGUUCGUCAAAAAACUCGAGACGGAUUUUCCAGAUCCCGCUCAGGAGAAAAUGCUGCUGGUCCCGAUCGUCAUCAAGAACAGUGAGUUAUCGCAUAACGCCCAGGCGACCCUGAGUGAUGGGACAUCUGCUACGGUUGCCAGUCCAGCGGUAGGAGGGGGGCCAACAGCUCAGACUCCCAUAACGCCUCACGAAGGGAGCUUCCCUUAUAGUCAGUCUCCAAUGCCGAAUCAACUUGGAGUGAACGGUACGCCUCAACCUCAACAGGGUCUAGGUGUGACACCAGCCUUUACCACACCGACUCCUUCCUCCUCGUUACCACAACCUCAUCAACCGCCAUCCCAACAAACACUGCAGCUCCCACCUCCCCCGAACCCCGCCAUGGUCAUCGCCCAGAAAGUUCUUGGUCCUCAAUUGGCAUCUUCCCCUUCGGUCGUGCAUUUAUGCGAGCAAGUACCCACUGCCGCGGAAGGCGAGUUUUUGGUGGUCAAGAAAUGUCUCGAGCAGAACCCCGAAGCACAGAGCAACUUGGGAGUGUUGACGGGCAUGUUGCAGAAUUUUAUGGCACAAACACGUGGUGGUGACGGGGGUGGUACGGCUGAUACAUAA